AUGACGGGAAAAGCAGGUGUGGUGCUCGCACAAACUUUAAACCUUCCGGACAAGACCAGUGUGGGCUGCAGCCAGCCGCCGAAGAGCAGCGGCGUGAACCCCCCCACGCGGUGCACGGGCUUCGGCAUCCAGGAGAUCCUGGGGCUCAACAAGGAUCCGCCUGCAGCCCCGCGCAGCCCCUUACGCACGCUGCCGCCUGGGGCGCACCUAAUUACCGCCAGGUCUGUGCUGGGCCCCGGGAUGGGCAUGGGGAUGGGUCUGCUCGGGCCGGGGACUCUCCCGUCCUUUUACAGUCAGCCCGCGUUUCUCGAGACGGUUCUGUCGGAGGCACAGGACGCGCGCCUGCAGCAGAGACACAGGACCCUGGGCCAGAUGGAGCCGAGCCACUCCGCCAGCUCAGAUUCAGAUGAUUUGUCUUCGAACGAGCGCAAAGUGUCAAAGUCCACGAUGAACCAGAGCAAAAAGCGCAAGAAGCGGAGACACCGAACGAUCUUUACCUCGUACCAACUGGAGGAACUGGAGAAGGCCUUUAACGAAGCGCACUAUCCAGACGUUUACGCACGAGAGAUGUUGGCCAUGAAGACGGAGCUGCCUGAGGACAGGAUACAGGUGUGGUUCCAGAACCGCAGAGCCAAGUGGAGGAAGAGGGAGAAGUGCUGGGGCCGCAGCACCGUCAUGGCGGAGUACGGUCUGUACGGAGCUAUGGUGCGACACUCCAUCCCUCUGCCCGAGUCCAUCCUCAAGUCUGCUAAAGACGGGAUCAUGGAGUCCUGCGCGCCCUGGCUGCUCGUCCAAGAUGGCUUACCAAUCAACAGGCGCUAUUCUAAAUCUGAAUACCCGCAACUUUUUGCAGGGAUGCACAAAAAGUCCAUCGAGGGCGGCGUUCCCCAGGGCACGGGACAGUGCGACUCUCCCCCACACCCACCACCACCACCUGCCUCCUCCCAGCAGCAGCAGCAGCAGCAGCAGCAGCAGAAGCAGCAGCAGGGAGGCCUCCAGAGAGACGGGACCCCAGACGCAGAGGAGCAGAGGCCGGAGAGCCAGUCCAUCAUGUCUAAAGAGGAACUGAGAGAGAGCAGUAUCGCCGCGCUGAGGGCCAAGGCACUGGAACACAGCGCCAAAGUCUUGGGGACCGUUUCUCAAAGCAAAAGUGAAAGACACUCAGACGAAGACGGAAGAAGCGACGGCGCGGACAGUCCUGCAGAGGAGACUACAAGUUCUUAG